UUUCAAUCAUCUACUACAUUCUUUUGCAAUUUAACGUGACAGCCGUGACAGUUUUUGUUGCUAGAGUUUUGUUUGUAAGAAAAGGCCGGGUAAUCGUAUGAUACCAUGGCUGCCGGUCCGAUCGCGGAAAGAAAUCAAGACGCCACAAUUUACGUGGGAGGGUUAGACGAUAAAGUGUCUGAGUCCUUAUUAUGGGAGCUGUUUGUUCAAGGUGGACCUGUGGUUAACGUUCAUAUGCCCAAAGAUCGGGUGACGCAAAUGCAUCAAGGCUAUGGUUUCGUAGAAUUUCUCAGCGAAGAAGAUGCGGACUAUGCCAUAAAAAUAAUGAACAUGAUCAAACUGUACGGCAAGCCAAUUCGUGUCAACAAGGCUUCGGCUCAUCAGAAAAAUCUGGAUGUUGGUGCGAACAUUUUCAUUGGCAAUUUGGAUCCAGAAGUCGAUGAAAAGCUACUGUACGACACAUUUUCUGCAUUUGGUGUGAUAUUACAAACACCGAAAAUUAUGCGAGAUCCGGAAACGGGCAAUUCAAAAGGUUUUGCAUUCAUCAACUUUGCCAGCUUCGAAGCAUCCGACGCUGCUAUGGAUGCAAUGAAUGGACAGUAUUUGUGCAAUCGACCGAUUUCUGUUUCGUACGCCUUCAAAAAGGACUCGAAAGGUGAACGACAUGGCUCUGCCGCUGAACGAUUAUUGGCGGCACAAAAUCCUCUUUCUACAUCUGAUCGUCCACAUCAAUUGUUUGCUGACGCACCAGUUCCAAUGAUGUCAAUGCCAAUGGGCCACGGUCAAAUGGGACAAAUGAUGCCACCGCCGCCACCUUUAAUGGCACCAACAGUUCCGCCAAUUCCACCAUCAUCAUCAAUACCACCGCCACCUUUGCCGCCGAUGCCACCACAACCACCUCUUCCACCCAUUCUUCCACAACGCGGAUCCAUGCCUCAACCACCUUGGCAAAAUUUCGGGCAGAACAUGCCUGGACCUCCAAGACCGCCACCACCAAAUUGGAGACCGCCUCCACCAGGAUUUAAUCCUGGAUUUGGACCAAGGCCACCGCCUCCCGGAAAUAAUUUUCCUGGCUACAAUGAACAAUUCAAUUACUGAAUGUUCGUUUUGGACUUCUAUCGAAUAAAUUUACUUGACCAUCGAUGCA